GGCGCAUGUUUGUCUUGUUGAAAGGCAAAUAAAAACAAACAAAGAACACUCUUUAGAAGAAUUUAAGUAUAUGAACUAUUUAACAGGCUGAUCUUUUCAAGACUCAUAAUAAUGAUAAUGUGAGAAAGGUGGCGACAAGCAUCAUGGGUUCAACAGAAAAGUUUUGUUUGAAAUGGAAUGAUUUCCAUGUAAAUAUCGGCGCGGCUUUUCAAGAAAUUCGUCACGAACGCGAAUUUUUCGAUGUCACUCUGGCAUCCGAAGAUGAACAGAUUCAGGCGCACAAAGUCAUCCUGUCAGCCUGUAGUCCAUUUUUCCGAGGUGUGCUCAGGAAAAAUAAACAUGAACAUCCACUUCUAUAUCUUAAGGGAGUUAAAUUUACGGAGCUGCUCUCAAUAUUAAACUUUAUGUACAACGGUGAAGUAAAUGUAGCUCAGGACGAAUUAUCCUCCUUUCUGGCUGUUGCUGAGGAGUUAAAGAUCAAAGGAUUGAGUCAGACUGUUGAUCAGUCGGAGAAUAAAGUUGAUCAGGGUAGAACCAAGGAUACUAGUCCCAGGAGUCAGGGAUAUUCAGGACCCAGGACCAGCUCAUCAUACCCUACACCUAGGUCUAACUAUGGAUCUCCCUCCCCUGCCAAACGACCCCGGACCAACCAAACCAAACCUACCCAUUCAGCUUCAAGCACACCAAAGAGUAUUUAUAAGGAUGAAUGCUUAGUACCAGUUAAGAAUGAGCCUGGAACACCAGUAGACAGGAAUUCGUCUCCUGAAGAUCAAUCUGGGGAAGAUGUGCCGAAUGAAAAUAGAGCUUUAUCUGUGAAUAAUACCCAACAGGAUCCUGGAUAUUUAGAAGAGUUUCCUGUUGAAGAUUAUGAAGGAAUGGAUGGGUUAGAAGAAAGCGACAUUCAGGGGCCCGGGUACACGUGUCCUAUCUGUAAUGUUCUAGUCCCCUCCUACCAGGCCCUCCACAAGCACAUCUCCAGGAACCACAACACCAAGAAGAAGAACGACGUCGUCCAUAGUAGUGUUAAUUCAUGUCUUAUACCAGUAGAUUAUCUAGACUACCCACUCUAG